AUGGGCUUCGCCUUGAAAUUCCUGCAGUGGUUUAUCCGCGGCGUCCAGCUCGGCUGCUCCGUCCUCAUUCUCGCCAUUUUCUCCUACUUCCUGGCGACCCUGCACAACCACUCCCUCCCGAUCGCCACCUCGAUCCGCGCCGUUGAAGGCAUCUCGGGCGCCGCGACCCUCUACACCCUUGCCGGCCUGCUGCUGCUUUGCUGCCUCGCCGGCCGAUCUUUCACCUCCUUCAUCGCUAUCGUCCUCGAUGUCGCCUUCAUCGCCGCCUUCAUCUACGUCGCCGUAGCUAACCGCAACGGCGCCGACUCGUGCUCCGGCAACGUCAGCACCCCCUUCGGCGACGGCCCCGCCGACGGCGAACCCACCAACACUGGCAGCGACGGCUGGACCCAUCUCCCCAGCUUGCGCACCGCUUGCAAGUUGCAGACCGCCUGCUUCGCCGUCUCCAUCGUUGCCAUCAUCUUUUUCAUCCUCUCCAUCCUCGUCGAGGUCGCUCUCGCCCGCCACCACCGCAAGGAGAAGCGCUUCGGCCCGUCCCCUAAGAACAACUAUACCUCGGGUUCCGGCGCCAAGCCCGGCUUCUUCAGCAAGUUCCGCCGCGGUAACGGUGACGCCGUCACGACCAACGAGAACGCCCUGCCCAUGCACACCAGCCCCGACCAGGUCCGCAACAGCUACGCCACCGAGACCACCGCAGUCGCUCAGGACCCCGGAUACCCCAAGUACGAGGGCGCCUAUGCUACCAACGGCAACACCGGCACCAAUGGCUACGGCUACGGCCAGGAGACUGGCACCACUGGCACCACGCACCCGCCCAACAACUACCACUACAACGACGGCGUGUACGACAGAGUUUGA